AUGGCCCCGCCGCUGACAGACCUCUCUUCGACAAACAGAAACUCCCGCACGCGGGGGCCGUUCCGGCCGCGAGCAGCGAAUAAAGGCAGUGGAAGUUACCAGCUUCGACAAUUUGCGGAGGCGACGUUGGGCAGUGGGGGUCUUCGAAAGGCCGUCAAACUUCCUGACGGAGAGGAUGUCAACGAAUGGCUCGCCGUUAACCUGGUCGAUUUUUAUAACCAGAUCAACCUGCUGUAUGGGUCAAUUACGGAGUUUUGCUCGCCGCAAACAUGUCCUGAGAUGAAGGCAACGGACGAAUUCGAGUAUCUAUGGCAGGAUAACGAGAACUUCAAGCGUCCUACGAAGAUGUCUGCACCCGAAUACGUAGAGCAUCUCAUGACUUGGGUACAGGCAAACAUUGACAACGAGCAGAUGUUCCCCAGCCAUAUAGGGGUGCCUUUCCCAAAAACAUUCCCUUCUCUGUUAAGACAGCUGUUCAAGCGCAUGUACCGUGUAUAUGCACACAUAUACUGCCACCACUACCCAGUCGUCGUCCAUCUUGGGCUAGAACCGCAUCUGAACACCAGCUUCAAGCAUUAUGUCCUGUUUAUCGAGGAACACAACCUGGCCAGCGGGAAAGACUUCUGGGGACCGCUGGGCGAUCUGGUUGACAGCAUGCUCAAAAGUGACUAA